UAUUCAUCGAUGUGUCCGAUGUAAACAACAAUAACAACAACAGACAAACAAACCAACGAAAAAAUUUUUCAAUUUUAAUUAAUUUAAUAAAUUUGAAUCAUAAAUCAUGUCAGAAUCUACAAAUGAAUCCAGUGAAAUUGAUCCGAAGGAAAAAAGCAUUGAUAAUAAUGAUGACGAAAAAAGUAUAAUUGAUCAAUCAAAAUCAAAUGAUGCUAAUGAUGAUGCUGUUGUUGUCGCGGAUGUUGUUCCAGAAUCACCAUCACCUUCAUCAUCAUCAUCGUUUGGUGGAUGGUUUUCCAAUAUCGUUCAACAGGCUAAACAAACCGUUAGCAAGACAACAAUGGAAUCAAUAAGACGAGAUCUAAGUGAAUUGAAAGAUGCCGUACAAAAUGAUACAACCAAUAUGGUUUAUUCAACAGCAUCAUUAGUUAAAAAUACAUUCAAUGAAAUUGGUAAUACUGUUACCGAAAUCGGUAGUAUGGGAACAAAUUUAACCGAUGAAGAAGGUCUUGAUAAACAAGAAGAAAAACCUUAUGAUGAUGAAUCGAUAAAAACUGACGAUGAUGAUAAUUCAUUUAAAUCAAGAGGAUUAUCAUUCGAUAUGAAAAAUAUAAAUUUAUGGACCAAUAAAUUAACCGAUACGGCCAAAACAACAAUAAAUUUAAUGAAAGAUACAUUUGUUGAUACAAUAUUCACCAAUGAAUAUUCUAUUGAUGAAUUAAAUGAUGAACCAUAUGUAGUGGUUGAUGGUGAAAUUAUUAAGAUAGAGAAUUGGUUAGAACAUUUACGAAAAUUACAAUCAGAUCCAAAUACAUAUUGUCGUGAACCUGUUGGACCACCUGAUAAUUUUGAACAAUGGUUAGCUCGAUUUAAUCUUAACAAUCAUCAAAAACAAAUGGAAUAUCUUUUAAUGAAUAUAACGGAUAUUUCGAAAUAUUAUGAUGAAUUCGUGCCGGAUAAAUUAUCCGAAGAAGAAUUUUGGAAUCGAUAUUUUUAUAAUGUUUAUCAAUUACGUCAACAUUUAGCUAAUGAACAAAUUCAAAAACAACAACAACAAUGUUUGGAUAAAACAAAUGAUGAAAAACCAACAAAAACAACAACAACAUCGACAUCAAUAUCACCAUCAGAAACAGAUGAAUGGGAAAAAAUGAACAAUAACAGCAGUAGUAGCCAUCGUGGUUCAUCCGGGUCAAAUAGCCAAAAAGAAAUUCCUAGCAGUAAAUGUUCAAGCGAUGAUGGUGAUGAUGAUCGUAAUGAAUGGGUUAAAAUGUGAUCUGAUUUCAGACGAUUUUCAAUUAAUUCUUUCGUUAACCUUUUUUCUUUGGUAAACAUUUUUGUUGUUGUUCGUUUGGUGUAAAUUUUUUUGUAACUCUACCUGA